AUGAUGUCAGCCGAUCUCGAAUGGAAUCAGAUGCCAUCUCACCAAUACCAGUCAAUUCCAAUGAGCCAAUGGUCUCCUCCUCCUUCUUCUAUUUCGGCUACAGCUUCAACUCCAACGGCGCAACAACAAAUAAAUGAGAAUCAGCCAGAGUAUUAUCAUCCGGGUAAUUUGAACCCAGCCCACCUACCAGAUAUCCAGUCGAUUAUGAUGAAAACGGAGCCAAAGGAAGAGCCUAUUACAUAUCAUCCAACUGUGGUUUAUCAAACAGUUAAAACUGAUCCAGACGAAUACCAACCAAUGCAUGACAGUAUGAUCGACUUCUAUGGACCUAGCAUGACAGAUUUCCAAUUUAACCAUUUGGCUUAUACAACAACAGCUCAAAUAACAUAUGAUUCUAAUCAGGUUCAAUUUAUCUCCGACUUACCCUAUUAUUCCGAUUUCAUCACACAACCAGUUGUUCCUUCAACUUCUCCUACCGAAACCAUUUCGACCGGCCGAGCUUACUAUUCAGAAAUUGGCCAAUCUUCUCCGAAUUAUUCUCCACCCCCUCAAGAUCCACAAAUCAAACCCAAAAAGCGGAUUCCAGCAGUCCCGUGUCAUUCGAACUCCAUAUGUGCAAACUGUAAAACAAAAGAAACGACCUUAUGGAGAAGGAACCAUGUUGGUGAAAUAGAAUGCAAUGCCUGCAAUCUGUAUUACCGCAAGAAUAAUCGAAAACGACCAUUAUCGUUGAAAAAAGAUGGAAUCUUAAAAAGAAACCGCAAGCCCAGAUGUGAAUCUCCAAUAACGAAACCCCGAUCAUGA